AUGUCUGGUACUAGAAGUGUUCCAGUAGUACCUGAAUCAUAUGAUUGCACGAUCAUUGUGUCUCUAACUACAACGGUAUCAGGAGCCUUACGAAGACUGACGCUAUCAACAGAACUCUAUGCAGAGACAGAUGAAGAUUCAGGAGCAGCAGAUGAAGAUUCUGGUGCAACAGAUGAAGAUUCAGCUGCAACAGAUGAGGAUUCAGCUGCAACAGAUGAAGAUUCAGCUGCAACAGAUGAGGAUUCAGGUGCCAAAGACGAAGAUUCAGGAGCAGCAGAUGAAGAUUCAGGUGCAACAGAUGAAGAUUCAGCUGCAACAGAUGAAGAUUCUGGUGCAACAGAUGAAGAUUCAGCUGCAACAGAUGAGGAUUCCGGUGCAACAGAUGAAGAUGAUGGUUGAGGCCAUGGUUGGCAUGGGCGAGGACCAUGAGGACCAUGAGGUUUGCCUGGGCGUUCUCCAGCACCACCAAAUGGUGGACGUCCGCCAAAUCUUCCCGGACCGCCAAAUCCGCCAAAUCCGCCAAAUCCUCCAAGACCGCCAAAUCCUCCAGGACCGCCUACGCCUCUUCCACCUCGUCCACCAGGACCACCAGGUCCACGUCGUCCAAAUCCUCG